AUGCGCUACAAGUUCAACUUCAUCGCAGACGUGGUGGAUAAGAUCGUCCCGGCUGUGGUGCACCUAGAGCUGUUCCAACGCUUGCCCUUCUCCCCCGAGGAGAUGUCCGUGUCCAGCGGCUCAGGCUUCAUUGUGUCGGAAGACGGCUGGAUCGUCACCAACGCUCACGUCCUCACCAACAAGCAGAGAGUGCGUGUGGAGCUGAAGAGCGGUCAGCAGUAUGAGGCUUCGGUCAGAGAUGUGGACCAGAGGAUGGACAUCGCACUCAUCAAGAUCCAGCCGGAGAGCCCCCUGGAAGUGCUGCGCCUGGGCCAGUCCUCUGACCUGCGGCCUGGGGAGUUUGUGGUGGCGGUGGGCUCUCCUUUCUCCCUCCAGAACACAGUGACCACAGGGAUCGUCAGCACGGCGCAGAGGACCGGGCAGGAGCUGGGCUUCAAGGACUCCGACCUGGACUACAUCCAGACUGACGCCAUCAUCAACUAUGGCAACUCCGGCGGCCCACUCGUCAAUUUGGACGGGGAUGUGAUUGGGGUGAACACUCUGAAAGUGGCGGCCGGGAUCUCCUUCGCCAUCCCAGCGGACCGGAUACGCCAGUUCCUCAGCGAGUCCCACGACAGACUACGUAUCGGAAAUACACCCGCCAAAAAGAAGUUCAUCGGAGUCCGGAUGCUGACGCUCACCCCAGCUCUCAUCGAUGACCUGAAGAUGAGAGAUGCGUCGUUUCCAGCUGUGGAUGCGGGACUUUACAUUUAUGAAGUGAUUCCAGACUCCGCCGCGGCCAGGCUGCGAGUGUCACGGGGAACACACAGUCCCAGUACCAGGCUGAGACGGAUCAAACUGAGCCUGGAGGGAGUCAACUAA